AUGCGCUACUUGAGGCCGGUUAUUUGUGUUGACGGUAGUCAUUUGAAAGGUCCAUACAAAGGUACACUUUUGAUGGCAACCGGUCAAGAUGCCAACAAACAGAUAUAUCCCUUGGCAUGGGAGAUCAUUGAUGCUGAAACAAAUAGAUCGUGGAUGUGGUUUAUGUCCAACUUGAAAGAGCUUAUAGGCGACUCUGCUGAAUUGGUUUUUAUUUUCGACCGGAAGAAUAGCAUUUCCAAUGCCAUUGCUCACCUAUUUCCUCAGUCCCGUCAUGGGUGCUGUAUCCGGCAUCUAGAAAAGAACUUAGUCCAGCGGUACAAUAACGCAAGUGUAAUAUUUCUAUUCAAACGAGCUGAACGAACUUCUCAGGUCGAAGAGUUUGAAAGACUUAUGGGACAGAUCCGUAGGGUAAGUGCAAGAGCGUACGGGUACUUAGAGCGUGCAGGUUUCUCGUUUUGGUCACAAGCACUGUUUGUUGGUCAAAGGUACAACAUAUUGACAAAUAACAAUGCCGAAUCUUUGAACUCAAUGUUGAGACAUGCCCGUUCAUUACCGAUCACGUGCUUGAUCGAACACAUUCGACAAACUAUGCAAAAGUGGUUUCACGAAAGUCGAACCAGUGCAACCACAUGUAUUGGCAUGCUGUCGUUGAGGAUGGAGAACGAGUUACGGACAACAUUUGAAGCAGGUACAAGGCUUCGAGCUCAUGGCUUGACAGAACAGUUAACACAGGUUGGAAUAUCUAAUGACACGGAUAUCGUCGACUUCUCUGAUAACAGCUGCACUUGUCGUGAGUUUCAAAUUAAUCGUAUGUCAUGCCUUCAUGCCACUCGAGCUGCGUACUUGCGAGGUACUCCUAUUAGGCCACCCAAUGUACGUCGUCCUCCAGGUAGACCACCCACAAGACGUCAGCGAUCCAGGUUCAAGUCCGUCACACGACUCAGGAAAUGCACUCGCUACGGUGGACUAGGUCAUAAUCGGAGCACAUGUUCCAACCCCAUUUUAGAAGACAUUGUAGUUGAUAUCCCUUCAGAACAUCUCGACAGUUAA